AUGUGUCCAUCGAAGCCACCGAAGCCACAACUGAGAUACAAGUUCAAGUUUAAGAAGCGCGGACUUCAAGGAAAUGAGUUCAAGGACUGCCUUACGUCAAAAGUCGACGAACUGUCACAAGGCAUAAAGAGAAUCAAGACACUGAAAGGUAAUGCAGUAACGGAUGUUCGAAAAGAAGUUUGUAUUCGAGAAAAUUUAUCAAACUCAUAUCUAGAUCAACGAUCCCCGAGAGCAAUUGCCAAUUUUCGUCGGAAACGACAGGACUCCAAAUCCAAGUCUGACUCCAAGCGAUUCUUCUCCGAAUCCGAGAGGGACCCGGAACGAAUCUUGCGAGCAACAAAAGACACCCCAAUGAGGCACAAGAGAGCCGUGUCAGUCCCACCAGGGGAACAAAGGCUCGAUAAACUAUGGAACCAAAUUUACCAUGAAGAGCAGGACAAUUUGUUUGCAAAACAUUUGCUAAAAAUAGAAGAGUUGCGUGAUCUCCUUCCUGGCAUAGAAGUUCAUGAAGGAUAUCUUUUUCGCCGUAAUGGUAAGAAGUUAUAUCAGCUGAACCGUAUAGACUUCUUCAAUGUCAUCGACAAAAUUUCAGUUUUCUUUCUUGGAAAACUUGAAAAACUUCGCCCAAAUAACCGUCAGACAUUUCGUAACCAGUGGGGAAUGACAUUAGAAUCAGUGUAUGAAAGUUGCAAGGUUAUAUUGGUCUACAGAAACGCGGUGAACUGGUGUAAUGACAAUGACCUCAUGUCGGGAAACUAUGAUACUUGGAAAGAUCACGUGAUGGUAAUGAUUUCAUUUUCAGCUUUAAUGGCUGUUACUAAAAUGUUGUGUUUAAAACUUGAAUGA